AUGUCCACAGAAGAGGUUGACUUGAAGGCUCUUAGUAAUACACUAUCCAAUAGUUAUUCUACACUUUUACAGUAUGAGUCUCUUGAUAAUAACCAGAUACUGCAUCACCUUGAUUUACUCUCUACCUAUAGCAAUCACCUUCCUCUUAGUUGGUUCACUCAAGCUCUUAUUCGUACAUUAUUACAGUUGGAGACUCAACUUAUCAACGAACCAAAAGGUUGGAAUGCUAUCUAUAGUCUCUUAUCAGUUUGGACUCGACGAUUAUCUGGUACCACUUCUGACGUGAUCAAUAAGGAACCUUUAUUGGUCAAUGUACUUUCUCUUUAUUCUAAUACCCUGUUGACCUAUGGUCCUAACGAUACAACCACUUUAAACGUUCGAAAGCAAGCAUGGAUGGGACUUGUCGCUUUAGUAGGAUGUACACCAAUUUCUUUUAAUGAAGAGCAACUUUUGACUACAAUGACCAAAGUGAUUCGAUAUUAUUCUGAACAACAACUUUCUGAGGAAGAAGCAUCCAUGGUGGAAGUUUUAGAAGCAGGUGUAGCUCAUGCUUUGGCCAAAUCGACAACAUUGAAUGUAUUUGAAAUGGAAUACUGUCAAGAUUUACUAGAAGCCUUGAUAUCUUUGGAAACUCAUCGUCCUCAUGGUGUAUGGUCUAUUGUCACAUUAUUGGAACAUGCCGUUGAUAUUCGUUCUCAGUUGAAGCCUACUAGUCGUGCUGACGCUGAUCUUGAUACCCUCUAUACUCUGGCUGAAACUUUGUUAGAAGAGCAAAAUGAUUCAUCUUCCUUACCUGUUUAUUUCGCUACUAUGGCAAUUCUUGUUGGCAUUGUGCGGAUGUUGCAAUUCAACCAAGGGGAAAAAACCAAAAAAGUCCAAGGAAUACUUCAGAAAGCACAAGUGCUAUUUAUUCAACAUUUCGAUCGAUUACUAUCAAGAAUCAUGACACCUGAAGAAAGUAUGUCAUUCUCAGUGAAUCAAGAUAUUAUUGCAUACUUUAGCGGCCAAUGUCUUCCCAAUCUGACAUCAGAUACAAUGAAAACAUUGAAUUUAAAGACAUUAUUACAAGUGUUAAUAUCAAGUUAUUCGACAAGUGAUCAUUUGUGGAAGAAUGGACAAAUCAUACGACCAAUGAAAGAUGAAACUAUUUUGGUGGAUUUACAAAAAGAUCCUUUAUUCAAAGAAAUUGGAAGAAUAUCUCGAUCUAUUGGCAAGACAAUUCAAGUUUUAUUAGAACAACGCGUGGAAGGUGGAACAGAAACAAUUCAACUAGCCAUUGACAGAUUGGAAGCUUUAUCAUACAACAUAUUCAUUGAUUGGGAUCGAUAUACAAGUCAAAAUGAUGAAUCUAUGAUGACGAUUGAUGAAAGUAAACGAUACAAGAAGAUAGAAUCAAAUUUAUGGACUAUUUUCAAGACCAUGGUAUUUGCUUACACCGCCAUAUUGAAGGCUGUGGCAGUAGAUGUAUUGGAUGGACAAGGACUCAUUGAUGUUCCACAUGCUGCACAAGGCAUAUUAUCUAUUUACGGAAAUCUUCAUUUUAUCAAUGACAAACUUGGUUCUGCCAAUGGAUUCCAAGCCUAUCAAGAAACCAUGACAAACUCUGUGGCCUAUUUGAAACAUGAUGAAAAUAAAUGGUCAUCAUUGUAUACAAGUGAUCAAACACCAUCCACUUCUAUAUUAUCACCUGUACAACGAACUCGAUUGUUGUUCUUUAUGAAUUUGGCAGAACAAGUCAUGACUGAACUGGAGGAUGAAGUAAUUGAAAAAGAUAUAUUACCUGUCAUCUACCCUAUUCUGAGAUGGAAAACCAUCAUUGACAAGGAUCUAUUUGAAAGUGCUCAUGCUGCUACUCUUGGUAUCUUUUCCUCUCAAAAGGCAGUGUCUCGUGAACUUGCUGGUGGUUAUGCUACGAUUUUGAUCAAUAGCUUCCCUACACCAUUAACUCAUCAUCAAAUUCGACUUGCAUAUGUGACUAUGGUACAAUCAUUAUGUGAAUUGGACGAUGCAGUAGCGUGGUUGACUGUGCAACAUGUAUUGGAGAAGAUCAAUCAACUUUCAAAUGAAAAAGAUGCAUCAUUACGAUCUGAAUAUGUUGUACUUUUGAUUGAUCUAUUGAAACCCUUGUCAUUGGGCCCCUUUUUUGGUAAAGCACUUUUUUUGGUGGAAAAAUUGAUCAAACAACAAGAAACAAAGGGAAUGCAACAAUCUACUCUAAAGAUAGUGUAUGAAACCGUCAGCGGGUCUGGUAUUUCCGAUAUGCGCCGGGUAGAAGCUGUUGGAUGGUAUUUAGAAUUGAAACGACAACUUAAGUUAUAG